UUAGUCUUCGUUACAUUUGGAAAAUUAGAAACUUACUAAGCACAAUAUGUAUACUUUUUUAAGACACAAAUACUUGAAUACUUCGUUGUAUAGUAAAUGAUAGACGAAAAAUUAAUUGUUAAUUAAAUCUACUUUGUAUCAUGAGUAGUGGGAUACAUAGUCGGUUUAAAAGCGAUAACUUAGUUAUUGUAGGUCACACGUAUCUCUUCACUUGUUUCAACGCAAUAUCUUUUUAUAUAUAUAUAUAUAUAUAUUGUUACGUUGUUAGCCUUCGAUAUAUCGUAACUGAAACCGUUGAGUAGUAUACUCAAUCUUUUAGCUCUUGAAAUAAAUGUAAAAUUUUUAUUCAAAAUGUUUACUGAACUUUUACCAUUUUGGACGAAAUACCGGUAUCAUAUACUGAUUAGUAUCAUACUUUACAUUUUUCUGAAAUUAUCUUACGAAGUGUUAAAAAAGGGCACUAUUUUUAUUCAAAACAAAAGACAUAAUUUUAACAUUUUGGAUAAUACCAUGGAGCAGCUAAAAGACAUCAAUCAGGAAACACUAGAAAAUAGCGAUGAACCUGUACUAACAACAAAUUUAAAACAUAUCCCUUAUGUAUAUAAGAGACCCUCUGAAGAAGAGGUACUCUGUCGGGCUUCUGAGUUUUAUAAAAUAGUAGCUGCUAGGAGAAGUAUAAGAUUUUUCAGUCCUGACCCUGUACCAAAAGAAGUCAUACAUGAGAUAAUAAAAGCUGCAGGCACUACGCCUAGUGGUGCACAUACAGAACCAUGGACAUUCGUAGCGGUAUCAAAUCAGAAGGUGAAAGAACAAAUACGUCUUAUCGUUGAAAGUGAAGAAGAAAUAAACUAUAAAAAAAGAAUGGGAGUAAAAUGGACAACUGAUUUACUUCCAUUAAGAACAAAUUGGAUUAAAGAAUACCUGACUACCGCUCCUUAUUUAAUAUUUGUGUUUAAGCAAAUUUAUGGAAUUUUACCAAAUGGAAAUAAGAAAAUUCAUUACUAUAAUGAAAUGAGCACAUCUAUUGCUUGUGGUAUUCUCAUCACUGCUAUACAAUAUGCAGGUUUGGUAACUCUGACUUCUACUCCUUUAAACUGUGGACCUGCCAUCCGCAACCUUCUUGGACGUCCUUCUAAUGAAAGGCUUGUUGUACUACUGCCAGUUGGUUAUCCAGCAAAGGAUGCUACAGUGCCUGACCUUCAGCGAAAACCUCUAUCUGAUAUUUUAAUAGAAAUUGAUUGACACAUAUGUAAUGAAAAAUUAUGGGAAACAAAGUACCUCUGUUUAAUACUUUGUCAGAAUAUUUGCUUACUUA